AUGCUGAAAGAGCUCGGGCCUGAACAUGUUAAUGUUGCAGCGUCUUACCAGGCUUUGGGUUUUGUAUACCGUGAGCUGGAAGACCUUGAUCAGGCAAAAUAUUAUCACGCUCGUGCACUGGAUAUUAUGCUGAAAGAGCUCGGACCUGAACAUGUUAAUGUUGCAGCGUGUUACAAUGAUCUGGGUCUUGUACAUCGUCAUCUGGGAGACCUUAAGCAGGCAAAAGAUUACCACGAGCGUGCACUGGCUAUUAUGCUGAAAGAGCUCAGACCUGAACAUGUUGAUGUCGCAGCGUGUUAUAAUGAUCUGGGUCUUGUAUACCGUGAGCUGGGAGACCUUGAUCAGGCAAAAGAUUAUCACGCUCGUGCACUGAAUAUUAUGCUGAAAGAGCUCGGGCCUCAACAUGUUAAUGUUGUAGCGUCUUUCCAGGUUUUGGGUCUUGUAUACCGUGAGCUGGGAGACCUUGAUCAGGCAAAAGAUUGUCACGCUCAUGCACUGAAUAUUAUGCUGAAAGAGCUCGGGCCUCAACAUGUUAAUGUUGCAGCGUCUUUCCAGGCUUUGGGUCUUGUAUACCGUGAGCUGGGAGACCUUGAUCUGGCAAAAGAUUGUCACGCUCGUGCACUGAAUAUUAUGCUGAAAGAGCUCGGACCUGAACAUGUUAAUGUUGCAGCGUGUUACAAUGAUCUUGGUCUUGUAUUGCGUCAUCUGGGAGACCUUUAUCAGGCAAAAGAUUACCACGAUCGUGCACUGGAUAUUAUGCUGAAAGAGCUCGGACCUGACCAUGUUAAUGUUGCAGCGUCUUACCAGGCUUUGGGUCAUGUACACAAUGAGUUGGGAGACCUUAAACAGGCAAAAGAUUAUUACGAUCGUGCACUGGCUAUUAAGCUGAAAAAGUUCGGACCUGACCAUGGUAAUGUUGCAGCGUCUUACAAUGAUCUGGGUUUUGUACUCCGUCAGCUGGGAGACCUUAAGCAGGCAAAAGAUUACCACGAUCGUGCACUGUCUAUUAUGCUGAAAGAACUCGGACCUGACCAUGUUAAUGUUGCAGCGUCUUGCCAGGCUUUGGGUCUUGUACACCGUCAGCUGGGAGACCUUAAUCAGGCAAAAGCUUAUCACGCUCGUGCAAAGGAUAUUAUGCUGAAAGAGCUCGGACCUGACCAUGUUAAUGUUGCAACGUGUUACAGUGAUCUGGGUCUCGUAUACCGUGAGCUGGGAGACCUUAAACAGGCAAAAUAUUAUAACGAUCGUGCACUGGCUAUUAAGCUGAAAAAUUUCGGACCUGACCAUUUUCAUGUUGCAGCGUCUUACAAUGAUCACGAAAGUAAAAGUGAAAACUGUCAGAACGUUACAUAA